CCGAAAGCAAGAUUCAGUUUGCACACUCUCAGAGCUCGGUGCCCGCGCCCUGACCCCGCAGAACUUGGAGUAACCUCAGGUUGAGGAUCCAAACAUUCAUCCAGAGGCUGGCCAUCAUGCCGCGCUCCUUCCUAGUCAAGAGCAAGAAGGCGCACAGCUACCACCAACCGCGUUCCCCGGGGCCAGACUACUCCCUCCGUCUGGAGACCGUGCCCGCGCCGGGCAGAGCAGACCCUGUGGAUGCAGGCGAGGCGAAGACGGCUCCCCAAGACCGUUUGUCUCCCGACUCUCAGCUAACCGAGGCUCAUGACAAAGCCUCCGCGACCCCCGACAGCUGCGAAAGCAGCGUUUGUGACCCGAGCUCUGAGUUCGAGGACUUCUGGAGGCCCCCUUCUCCCUCGGUGUCUCCAGCCUCUGAGAAGUCGCUAUGCCGGUCUCUGGACGAAGUUCAACCCUACACCCUGCCUUUCAAGCCCUACGCUUGGAGCGGCCUCGCGGGGUCCGACCUGCGGCACCUGGUGCAGAGCUACCGGCAGUGCACCGCCCUGGAGCGCAGCGCCGGCCUGAGCCUCUUCUGCGAGCGCGGCGGGGAGCCGGGCCACUCGGCCCCGUUGUACGGCCCGGAGCCGGCUGCGGGCGGAGCCGGUGCGGGGCCACCCGGGACCUGCGGUGCUACGGGCGGAGCCACCGGCGGCUCUGGCCUGGGGCUCUACGGAGACUUCGGGCCUGCGGCUGCCGGGCUCUACGAACGGCCGAACGCAGCAGCGGGCCGGCUGUACCAAGAUCGCGGCCACGAGAUCCACGCAGACAAGAGCGUGGGCGUCAAGGUGGAGUCAGAACUGCUGUGCACCCGCCUGCUGCUGGGCGGUGGCUCCUACAAAUGCAUCAAAUGCAGCAAGGUGUUCUCCACACCGCACGGGCUGGAGGUGCACGUGCGCCGGUCCCACAGCGGCACGAGACCAUUCGCGUGCGAGAUGUGCGGCAAGACCUUCGGGCACGCAGUGAGCCUGGAGCAGCACAAGGCCGUGCACUCGCAGGAACGAAGCUUUGACUGUAAGAUAUGCGGCAAGAGCUUCAAGCGGUCGUCCACGCUGUCCACACACCUGCUCAUUCACUCGGACACCCGGCCCUACCCCUGUCAGUACUGUGGCAAGAGAUUCCACCAGAAGUCCGACAUGAAGAAACACACCUUCAUCCACACAGGUGAGAAGCCCCACAAAUGCCAGGUGUGUGGCAAAGCGUUCAGUCAGAGCUCCAACCUCAUCACUCACAGCAGAAAGCACACGGGUUUCAAGCCCUUCGGCUGCGACCUGUGUGGGAAGGGCUUCCAGAGAAAGGUGGAUCUCAGGCGGCACCGGGAGACGCAGCAUGGACUCAAAUGAGCACCGUGGCCAUCAGCAACAGCAGCUGCGAACACUACUGUAGAGGACUGCCUGCCUCCCAACCCUGCUCAGACCCUGCACCGUGCGCAAAGCUCACUGUGGCGUUUCCCCUUCACCUUCCUUCCCAAAGCUGCUGGAGACUGAACUCCGUUUGCAAAGGUCAGCCCAGAGUGGGAGACACUGGCUGAUGCGUUAUUUAGAAAGGACAAGCAUUACUCUUCUGAAGACACUGGUUUAGGGAAGGGUCUUCAUUCCUUUGGGAAAUCACCAGACGCAGCACCACCUUUAAGCUUGUCAGAAAGACGCAAGAAAAAAAAAAAAAGUGGAUUUGGUGAUGAGAGGGAGUCAGAGGUCCUCUGUGGUGUCAUCUUAGGAGGUGGCACUGUAAGACACAAGAUGUCCCUCGUCUACUCAGCAAGUGUUUAUUGACCACAGAUUAUCAGAAUAGGGAACUGGGGAGCCAGAGAUUGAAGUCAGCCGCCCCUGCCCCUCAAAUGCUAUCAGUUGAACCUCAAAGUAGCGAUAGCCUGUGUCCUCCUCCUCCAAAGGAGUUCUGAAAAGACCACACAAAUAUUCAGACUUCCCAUUUGACACUUUUGGGGCUUCGCAAGUGUAAAAAAAAAAAAAAAAAAAAAAAAACAACUGGAGGGUCAUGUUAAAAAUUCAUGGGCAAAUCCAGUUUUUAUUGUUAGUGGCUCCUUUUCCAGCCUGGGCUGGUAGAUGUGGAGCAAAGGCAUUGAACCUCAACUCCUGCCCCUUGUGUACUAUCUAGGAGAGAAGUAGUCUUUCUACUGUGAGGUUUUGUAAAUGUUUCUAAAUC